CUUUGUGGCAGGAUGACCGGGGCCGGGCAGUGCGGUCUGGACAGCCCUGGUGGGGCCGAGAUGCUAGAGCUGCUGCCCUCCGUUGUCCCGGCCGCCCACCCGGACCCGGACCCGGACCCGGACCCGGACCCGCAGGCUUCCACAAACAUCCCGAACUUCCUGCGAGUCUUCAAGCGCCUCCACAGCUGUAAACUAUGGAUGAAAAUUGGGUUCUUUAUCCUGGUUCUGUUCCUUGUGAUUACCAUAAGUUUGGUUCUUUCUUCAGGUAGAUGUGUCGAUGAUGAUGAAAAUGAGACUCCUGUAUUAGCAGUAAAUAAAACCUUCCUGGUUAGGCUUCAGAUCCCGGAAGAGUGCGAGGCCAAAGAACAAGCACUUUCUAAUCAGCUCACCAGCAGGCUCACUGAUGUGUACAAGUCGUCUCCUGCCCUGAGCCCCUAUUUUUUGUCCAUCGCGAUAGCUGACUCCAGUUGCCAGAAUGCCACCACGUCCUACUACCUGCAGUUUGCCCUUCCGGAGGAGAGUAAUGACUUGGUUAAAUACAUCAUGAGCGAGGAGUUUGUGUUUGGGGUUUUGCGGCAGAAUUUCCACGAUCAGAGCAUUGAUGGCUGUGAAGCCCUUGGGCAGGAUGCAGACUCUUUCUCCUCUUCCUGUGAGUAGGGCAGGGCAGACAGGGGGCCGACCUCAGGGAUAAUGGACAGAGAAAUCCAGUUUGUCAUCUCAGGGCCCCUGUUGGGGAUUAGUUACCGAAAAUUCCUGCUUCUCCCACACCCCGGUGCCCAGAGGAACCUGGACCGAACUAGUUGCUUGGCAAUCAUCUGCUGUCAUACCCUGCAAUCACAUGCUAGCAGCUUCAGAAACUAGAAACCAAAGCCAUUUCCUUCCUGCCGGACCAGAAGCCUGCAGCCAAGAAAGAGCUACCUAGACCUCUCUCCACCAGGAUGUCCCAUCAAUCUCUGCACCAUAUGGGAAGAGUGAGGAAAUUCCAGCUGCCUGAAGCUAUUCAAGUCUGGAAAGGCCUUGGCUGUGAGUGUAACCAUAAACAUGACCCUGCUGGGACUUUUGAGUCCUGAGCCUGAAACUUUCUCCCCCAGGCUUAAUAACUUACUGCUCUCAUUUUGUUUCUACUUUCUUGUCUUUUAUGUUGUAUCAGUGUUUCAGCUGGCUUAUCUUUCUCUAUGUGUCUGUUACCAUCCCUCUCCUUCCUUUUAUUCUUAGAUUCCAAGCUCCUUGGGGUCAGGGACUAUAUUUAAUGUUCAACAGCAGGUUACAUCCCAACGGUCAGUAUAGUGCUUAGCAUUUAAUAUAUACUACUACUACUACUACUGCUAUUAAUACUACCAGUACUAUUAUCACCACCAAGACACGUCCCUACCUGCAGAGGUAGGGAGGACCUCUGGAGCAAAUGCCCCAAAAGGGAAGAAAAGCCAAAAUUCAAGAGUUAUGAUGUCUCUAGAAACCCUCAGUACAGGCCAACAUCCCCAGCACUUAGAACAGUGUUUGGUACAUAGUAAACACUUAACAAGUACCAUUAUUAUUAUUAUUAUUAUUAUGCGUGCCAGUCAGGUAGCAUGGCUACUGGGACCAAGUCUGCUUCCUGGACAGUCAGUCACCCAGUAGUGUUCUGCACACAGUAAGCGCUCAAUAAAUAUGAUUGAAUGAAUGAAUGAAUGGUGUUCACCACCAAGAGUGCUCUACAGGGAGUAGCGCCCUGCUCUAUGUGCUUGGGAGAGGAUACCAAAAGUCAAAAACAUUGUCUCUAUCUUCAGGGGACUUUCAAUCUAAAAAGGAACAGAGGUAAACUUGUUUGGUACCGAUAGUGGAAGGAGGGAGCGUAAGGACUCAGCAGGGAGUAACACAAACAUUCUGGAUGAAUUAGAUGAAUAACCAAUAGAAUGUACAUUCGAAUAUCCAUAGGUGCAAAGGAGGGGUGUGAACAUACCAUGUGCCCAGAGUUUAUGGGGGCUGCUGUGAUUUGGGGUUUGAGGGUGUUUGUGAGACACAGAGUCCACAGCUUAUGUGCCCCGGGUUUGCUAAAUUGAUUUUAGGGCAGGGCUGGUCCCAACCAAAACCACUUCUCCUCCAGGAAGUCUUCCUUGACUAAGCUCUCAUCUCCCCUCAUGCUACUGUCUAGUCCCGCCCCUUAAGCACUUAGGUACUCUCCAACCCCACCUCUAUAGUACUUAUAUGUACCUCUCCUUAUACUCCUACUUCCCUUACCUGUAAUUUUAGUGUCUCCUCCGCUAGACUGUAAGCUCCUUAAGA